AUGAUGAAAAGUAGAGCGAAUGGUAACAUCAGUGCAACGGAAACGAACGGUAACACGGUCUUGGAGAAACCGGCUCAGGUUUUUCAAACUCCGGAAUACGUCAAAAGAACGGCAAAAUUUUUCGAAUCCGUGAAAGAAAUAGACGGAACGGAACAACACACGACAACCUACGAAUCCUAUUACAUAACGGAAAAAAUUAAUAAUGAUAAGGAAACGGUUAACGACGCGUACGACGCACUCGAUGGAGAAGCAAAUAAAAAACCGAGUUAUUUAGGGGUUUCAUGUUCCAACAGCGGUUACCGUAACGUAAUAAAUUACGACAGCAAGUUGAGAGAGGGUUUCUGGUCUGCGAAAAAUCAGAGAGAAAGUUUGGUGUUGAGCAAUAGCCGGCAGAGAGAAAGCAGUCCAUACAGGUUGGAUUUAGACUUUAAAUAUCAUCCGGGACAGGCGAACGGAGGGACCGAAACGACCGUGAAAAAAAUCGUUCAGGUAGAAAGUUCGGAAAGUUCGACGGCCGCGGGAAACGGAAUCGAGAAUCAAACGGAAAAAUUCGUCAACAUAUCCACGUCGACGAAAACGAUAUCGACAUUCCGAAACGCGACCGGGAGAGAUUCGUCGAUUCGCGUCAACGGUUUCGAUAGUAGAAACAUCGAGGAAUCGAAAUCGAACGACGAGUCGAACGUCAAUUCGAAAGUUGUCGGAUCGAGACGGGGUUAUUCGAAUUUGGGUUUCAGUCCGAAAAUAUUAAAAAGUCCAGAGAAAAAUUGUAACAGUUUUUUGAAAAGUAUUAGUUCGUUCGAAAACAAUUGCAAACAAAAUGUUAAUAAUAAUAAUAAAACGAACGGGAAAAGUUCUAAUUUGCCCAGGGGAGAACAACUCAUAUGCGAUUCGAGUAGUUCGAUACAGCAGAGAAUCGAAAGGUUGUACGGACCGGGAGCUUUGGCACAAGGAUUUUACUCGCAAAAAUCAUCAUCAUCAUCAUCAUGUACGAAGUCGAAAGUCUCGUCGGACAAAAUGUCGAACGACGAAACGUUUUCAUCAUCAUCAUCAUCAUCAUCAACGGAAAAGAAGCGUGGAGAAAAUAAUUGUCAAACGAAUAAUAAUAAUAAUAAUAGUAACCUUGAAUUACCAUUAAGCGAUUUGCCUUGCUCAACGUCAAACGGAAAUAACUUACCAAAAGCAACUCUUCAGAAACCGGAAGUAGUUACUGCGACUGAACCGUGUUUGACGAACGGCUCGACCUUGACUAAUUCAAACGAUUUCGGCGUCGAGGGAAAAUCAGAACCCGAAAUCGAAAAUGAUUCGAUAACUGAGAAAAACGGUCAUUAUUUUCUCAAGCUGUUGAAAAAGGAGACUGAUCGAUUAGAAAGUUUAGCGAAAUUCGCAGAAACCGAAUUAGAAAACGGUGAAAAUCUUCCGGAGGAAAUUACGGGAAAAUUAUGCGCGGCCGCUGGAAAAGCGAGAUUGCUCAUGUGCCAAAAAUUGAAUCAGUUCGAAGGAUUAUGCCAAAAAAAUUUGAAUGAAAAACCAUCGGAACCGUUUAGAACGACGAGCGACGAUUUGGCAGGUUUUUGGGACAUGGUAAUGCUUCAAGUCAAACAAGUUUACGGAGUUUUCGACGAGCUCGAAGAAUUGAAAAAAAAUAACUGGAAGGCAUCAUCCGUCGCGGCGACGAAAAAGAAAAACAGCAUGAGUCCGAUUUCAAAAGGUCAUCAAUCUCCGGGUGGGGUUAAUAAAAGCACUCCGAGAAAAUCUACAAAUUCGAACGGGACGGGAGUGAAUUCGGGUGAAAAAUCGAGUCAAAAAUCCGAGGCGGCAAAAAAAGCGAGAGAAGAAACGAGGAAAAAAAUGCUGGAAGAAAGAAGGAGAAAAAUGAAAGAAUUGAAAGAGAACAAAGUCGUAAAUGGCGAAGCGGAAGUUGAAAUUUUUGCCAAAUGA